UUUUUGUUUUUAAUUGUUUUUUAUUAGUUUCUCAACGUAAUAUUAACAAUAUCAAUAUUAGGAGUUGUUUGUAAGCCUAAAAAUCACCCAAUAUUUCAAUAUUAUAUCCAAAACAUCUAGAAACUCAGUGUUUGACGUUCCUUUUUAAAAAAUAUUGAAACAUUAAACCCUUACUGCCUUUAUCUAUUAUUUUUUUACGUCGUUGCUUUUGGGGAAUCACCGAAAUUUAGCAGGACGCUCGUAUUCGUUGGCGCUGAGAAAACCGGGGAAUUACCGAUUAGCUUUUGCAGGUGUUCUGUUGUUAUUUUGUGAUUUACUUGCCUUGUGCCGGAAAUAUUUGUGUUUAGUGCUUAUUUAAAUAACUAUAUAUAUAAUAAUAUUUAGUGCUAAAUUUAACAAGUCUGAAAUCGUUUACUGCCGAGGCUGUUGCCCUUACAAAGGCCAUCCGACAAAGCCACAUAUUAUCUGCGUGGGUAAAGGAAAAAAAAACGAAUUAAAAAUAAGUUGCAGUCUUAAACUCCCAGUGCCUACCAGAUGGGGAUCAUUAGUUCUUUGUCUACAAUCAUUGCUUGCUAACAAACAAAUAAUAAAAAGGAUGGCUAUCAAUGACGAAGUUGAAAAGACAGUAAGCAAACACCCAUCUUUAAAAAAAAAAUGCUCUAAGCGAUAUAUUUUGGGACCGGGUACAAGGAUACAUUAUGCUUCUGGAACCAAUUGCUAACACAAUUACCUCUGUAGAAGGUGACACACCAACGAUUUCAAAAUGUCUGCAUUUAUUUAAAAAAAUGGUUAACACCUCAUUAGAAAAUGUCACUAAAAGUCCAUUGUUAUCCAAAGAGGAAGCAGAUACAAGGGCAAUUUUUGAAAAUCGGAAGAAGUUUGCUAUUUAUAGUGUUCAUUUUGUAGCUAACCUUUUGGAUCCAAAAUAUCGUGGCUGCGAACUUAGCUCAGAUGAGAUGACUGAUGCGACAGAAGUCAUAUACAAGGUAUCACAGAAGAUGCCAGAUGUCGAUGAAGCAGCCGUCUUAGCUGACGUUGUCAAUUUUAUUGCAAAAGAAGGACUAUUCAAAAAGGCUUUUCUAUGGAAUGAGGACACAAUUGCAGCUAUCCUAGCUUCACAGUCAAUCCUGCAUUAGAAUCUGAACCGGAACCAAUGAUAAUAUCCAAUUCAGAUCAGUCGGAGUCUGUCUUUGAAAGUGAUGAAGAGGAAGCUUCAGAGUCUGAAGAAAAUGCAGAUAGCGACGGGACGGAUCAGUGUUCAUUUAAAGGAUUCGGUUAAUUAAUUGAACCUUUUCAAUCAUUAAGACGUUGUUUUUUUUAUUUGAUAAAUUUUUAUUACUUAUUUUUGCUUUGAUUUUGCAAGUUAACGAAUAAACUCUUCUUAUUUUGUUUAUACCCAUGGUCUUUUUAUUUAAAGGAUUUAUACGAAAUUAAUUAUGAAACGAAAUAAUACUUAUUUUGUUAUAAAAUUAUACAGAAUAUUAUAUUUAUUAUAUGUUUUUGUCAUUAAAUAAACAGUACCCACUUAAAAAAUCAAAAUAAAAAAAACGAAAAAAAACAAAAAAAA